GAUCUUAUCGGCCAUCGUUGAUAAACGUGUUUGCGGUCAAGUCAAUCCGGUUUCGGGGCGUGCAAUAAUUUUCCCUCCGGGAUUCAUAAUCAUUCCGCCACCAGACGUUUCUUAGGCGCCAUGGCGAAUCUGAGAACGCGCACAAAAUGGCCUGUUUGGGCCUUAGCUGGAGUUAUGCUGGCCUGCACCAAUCCGGUCAACGGCACCUGUGAGCCGCUGAGGGCCACAUCUACCGGGGAUGAGCCUUUCCCGGAUUACUUCGAAUAUUUCAAGGCCGACUUCACUCUCAUGCUAGAGAUGACUGAAGUUUAUUACAAUCGCACGAAUUACGUCAAGCACUCGUAUCACUACCUCGACGAUCAUGGGACUCACGAAGAGACAAGCGCCGUGGAAAUCCACAACAGCGGCAUUGUUAUCACCUACCACUACUUCCCAGGAGAGAGCCAAUACAUCGUGGAGACUGAUACCAUCUGCACCGAGCCUUCUGUGGAAGUGCCUGUUUACAUGCCCUAUGGGUGGUUUGAUGACGACACCGACCACGGGAAGGCAAUGUACGGCCCAGCAGCUAUUCUGAGAGAAGUCCACUUCGAGAAAGAGGUGAACUACGACGGAGGUGACCAUUACGUAGAUGGAAUCAAGUGUGAGAAGUGGGCAGUUUGUGUCAAUGGAGAGACGCAACUCAACUUGUAUUUUUCUCAAGGCGACUCCUUCGACAUGCCCGAGAAGGAUUUGUUCCCAGACGAGAAGAUCGCCAACAGGAUCCCUGUGAUGUUUGAGGUGAUCCCGAGUGAGGAGGAACAUAUCAUUUACACGGUCGUCGAGUUCAAACCAGACCUGUCCCACCAUUCACAUAUCGAGACGCCCCGAGGACUCUCCUGCGAGGGAAAGGUCAGCAUCAACCCGAAGAAAGCAGUCCCCAAGAUCCCUUCCCACUUCUUCCUAUCUGAGGAGCUGGUCUCCAACCCCUUCAUCGACGACAUGGACUUCCACAAGGACCAGGUCUUGGACAAAUUCCAGCUGUACUACUCGGAACACCUGUCAAUGGUUCGUCUGGAUUCCACCCCACCCGAGUCCGAGUCUGAGGGAGACCAGAAACCUGACAAGGUCAUCCACGAUUUCAAUACAGGUGUCCAGUACGCCAUCAGCAGAAAGUACGGCAAGUGUGAAAGAGGCUUUAUUCCCGAACAUACCCUCGACGAAAGAUACGCUGGUAUGGGAGGUUUUGGAGUGAUGGCCGGUCCCAAUGAGCUGUUCCACAUUGACGAAAGUUAUGCCUACGUUGGCCCACGGGGCUCCAGAUCUCUCUACGGCGACCUCUUCACCUCGACGCGUUCAGACAUCCCCGACCCGAAUUUCGACUUCGUCACGACUCUACCGAAGGCCGUCCUGGAAUAUUACUUCACUCAGGGGAAAGAGUCAUCGCCGAUCCCAACCCUGAUUCCAGUCAGAGGUGACUUGUUUAUCUACAAUCGGACUGAUCCAGAUGCUAUCGAACAGAGAGCGACGAGGAAUAUUUAUGGCGCUAAGGAAAUCAUCUUACCGGACGCGGCCGAAUUUUCGGUCAACGAGUGUUUCGACAAAUACUCUGAUGAUUGGUCGACGUUGUAUAUCUUCUUCCCUGCUAAUAAGAUCCAAUUCGCAGCGGUGGCUGCCCACGAAUACGAAUUCAAGCGAAACGUCUACAUCAACCUACUCAACCUGGGUGACAUCUCUCCGACGCGUAUUGGGAGCAUCGACGUCAGCGAUGGCACGUCGGGUUGGUACUCCAAUACUUCAGAUUCUGACGUAAUUGUGGCUCAAGUCAAGUUGAUGGAGAGAGCUCCUUACUUGUACGGAUACAGAAUACCAGACGAGCCAUUCCAGAUCCCAGGCGAGGACGAGAUGGAAUACGACGCUGACGACUUGGAAGUCUGCGCGGAAUUCUGUUCUUUAGAGGAGGCAUUCGACUGCAAAUCAUUCCAUUUUUGCCAAGACUUCGGCACCUGCUACCUGAGUCACAGCGAGGGCGCGGAGGGACCCCAGGUCAAGAACUACACCUGCGAGCACUACAUCGACAACCACGAGAACCAGACCUUCGAUGACCUGCCUUCCUCCGAGGUCGACAUCCAACUGAGGGAGUACAUCAAGGAAGGGAAGUUCUCCUUCAAGAUCAAAUACGUGGAAGUGGAGGUGUCCUUCACAGCCACCCAGAACAUCAUGUUCAAGACUCCAGACCCUAUGGACCCAAUCAGGUUCCAGUUUUACACCUUCAAGAAAUUUUACACCAUCAGGAAUCCCGAUGCCAAUGUCAAACUGAAAGACUGGUCGACCCUGGCUUGCAUGUCAGCCUGCGUCUACUGGAUGGACUUCAAAUGCGAGACAAUCGUCCACAACUACUUGACAGGGGAGUGUAGUCUCUACAGCCAACACGCAGCCGAGAUCAACAGCUCUCGAAUCGAGAAGAAGGACGAUUGCGUCAUCCACGGUCGAAACUAUCUAACGGACUACACCCCUAUGCUCGGAGGAAUUUCCAUCAAUACGACGGGCCCCGUGUCGAAAGGAUACUCCCCUGAAGAGUGUGCUAUGCAGUGCACCAGAAGCCAAGACUACAACUGCAACAGCUUCGAGUUUUGCUGGGAGAUGGGGACGUGUCACCUGCACGUGGAGACCUUCAUAGAUGUUUCAGACGGGGGGAACUACUCGACGCACCAACCCUGCAUGCAUUUCGAAAAAAAGGCAGAGAAAAUAUUCACCCGUUAUCCAAAUUCAGGAAUGCCCCUGAAAUAUCAUAAGCUAGUGGCCCAGCUGACCAGUGUGUCUCAGUGUGCGAAGCUAUGUUUGGAAGACACCACUGAAACGUGCCAGAGUUACGACUUCUGCGUCCGCUGCGAGGAUGACGACUUCGAUGUGUGCGGACAAGACCACAAAGGUGGCUUGAACAUGUGUUUCGUGGGCGACCAUCACCUUGGCGAACCCAAUCUGCAGCUGUCUCCAGCGUACAGCUGUGAUCAUUACUCUCGUGAUCUGUUUGGUGAUCAAGAUUACGCUUCGUGGAUCUCCAACCAGCGGAAACAUGACAAGCCGUACACAGGAGGUUCAAUGGCCGGGUUGGCUUUCGGGAUGAUAUUCCUGGGCAUCGUUUUGGCGCUCGGCUUCCUCUACGUCGCGGCGAGGGUCAGCCCGGGCACGUUACCGAAGCCCAUGAGUCUGAACAGCUCCCCGAAUUCGAAGCCUUCUCUGGGCCCGCAGUCCAGCGUGACGUUCGGGGAUGUUUCUUCUGCGGCAGGAGCAGAGUCUGACAUUUGAUUCUAAUUUCACUUUCCUGUUCUUGAAUGCACAGACAAAUUUUUUUUUUUUUUUUCCUAAGACGUGAUUUUUUUUUUUUUUUUUUUUUUUUUU